GGCACUGGUGGGUGGCACUGGUGGGCACAGGUGGGUGGCACUGGUGGGCACAGGUGGGUUGGCACAGGUGGGUGGCACUACUGGGCAAAGGUGGGUGCAUUUCUGGGCACAGGUGGGCGCACUGCUGGGCACAGAUGUGUGCAUUGCUGGACACAGGUGGGCGGAACUUGUGUGUGGCACUGCUGGGCACCGAUCAUCAGGGCACUGAUGAUCAGUGACCCUGAUGAUCGGUGCCGUUCCCUGCUCUGACAACUGCCGGUUUUUGGCAGUACUUUCCUCACGAUCUGACAGCGUGAGGAAAGUGCAGCCGAGAACCGGCAUUUGCAU